GCGCGCGCGCGUUGGGAAAUGGAACGUUACCCCAGCCGCGCUCAGUUCGGUGGUGCUGCUGCUGCGCAGAGAGGAGGCGCGGGAAGGGACGGUCGCUCCUGCUGCGGGUUAGUGCGGGGACCAAGGCUCCCAGCUUCUAAUGCCUCUGCGCCAGGCCACCAUGCACAGGAGACAUCUCCAGGAAAUCCCAGCUGCAGACAGCAAUGUUUCCACAAGCUUCACAUGGUCAUGGGACCCCACCAAGACAUCAGAGCUACUCUCCGGCAUGGGAGUGUCUGUCCUUAAGAAAGAGAAGCUGGGCAGUGAGAACACCCCUCAGGAGCUGCUAGUGUCUCUUUAUCCUCCUCAGAAACGACAGAAAGUGAAAGAGAAGGACAAGGACUUUGUGAUUGCACGCAGGCCUAGGCUGCUCCGAGAGACAGAGUCAGGUAUUUCUUGGGAUGCACUGCCAGAUGAAUUGCUAUUGGGGAUCUUUGCAUACUUACCCCUAGCUGACCUGCUAAAAGUUUCCCAGAUUUGCAAGAGGUGGCAACGCCUAGCGUUUGAUGAAUCGCUCUGGCUGACACUUGAUCUGACUGGUAAAAAUCUGCUGCCAGGAGUGAUUGGGCAGUUGCUCCCUGUAGGUGUAACUGUAUUCCGUUGUCCAAGAUCCUGUAUUGGGAAACCACUGUUUAAAAACAACCGACCUCUUAGAGUGCAACAUAUGGACAUGUCCAACUGCACAAUAAAUGUUGCAGAUCUCCAUACUGUUCUUUGUCGUUGUGAUCGACUACAGAACCUCAGCUUGGAAGGACUGGUGCUUUCUGAUGAUAUCAUUAGAAGCAUCGCUCAGAAUUCCAGUUUGGUGCGAUUAAAUCUCUCUGGAUGUUCUGAAUUUUCUGCAGAAGCAUUGGAGAUAAUGUUGAUCAGCUGUUCUGGAUUAGAAGAGCUAAACUUGUCCUGGUGUGACUUCACAACUGAUCACAUUAAAGCAGCAGUCAACCACAUUUCUGCAAAUGUAACCCAACUAAAUUUUAGCGGAUACAGACAAAGUCUACAGAUAUCAGAUAUCAAGACAUUGGUGACAAGAUGCCCUUAUCUCAUCCAGUUAGAUUUAAGUGACAGUGCAAUGUUGAAGCCUGAAUGUUUUCAAUAUUUUCAUCAGCUCAUCUGCCUACAGCAUUUGUCUCUUAGUAGAUGUUAUCAGAUAUCUCCUGCUGACUUACUUGAGCUUGGUGAAAUUCCCACACUAAAGACUCUUCAAGUUUUUGGAAUAGUGACUGACAAUUCCCUACAGCUCCUAAAAGAAACGCUUCCCCACAUAAAGAUCAAUUGUUCGCAUUUUACAACCAUUGCACGGCCAACUGUUGGCAGCAAAAAGAACCAGGAGAUCUGGGGCAUCAAAUGCAGACUGACACUGAGAAAUCCCAGUGGUUUGUGAUGCAGCGUUUGCUGGAUAUUUCCUUUUGUUGUCACCAAGCGUGGUCUGCUUCAUCAAGAAACCCAAACACUGGAGCAUCACUCUAGUUGUUCUUGUAAAAAGUGUUUUAACUUGGUCUUGUGCUAUAAUUUACUUUCAUAAGUAUAUUUUUAUAUUGUCCUUCUCUUACUGUGUCCAGAAAUCCAAUCAGGUAUGAGUAAUUGUAAGCAUUUUAAAAGUCAAUCUUGCUUUUGCAAAAACCUUUCUAAAAGCAAGUGACUCUUGCAAUUGUGCUAAACAUGAUUAAGUUAGAAAGUUUGGUAAUAAAUAGUGCAGCUGGUCUAGUUAUUUGUCAAAGGUGCUUCUGUAAUAUUUUUCCAAAUACAUAGCUUUGGGUAAGGCCCUUGCAAAGUAGAGAUGUUGUGUCAUCAGGGAACUGUUUUACUUCAUUACUACUCAGUACUUUCCUGACGGUUUCAGAUUUUAGAGCUCAGAAUGAGUAAGGGCAUUAAGUCUAUUUAAACUCUUAGCACCAAAUAUUCCAUCUUGUUCAGUUAUCUGCUUUCUUCAGGGGGGAAAGAGGGAGAAAUAAACCAUGGCGUUGGACACCAAAUUCACUGAACCCUCUUAAUGCAAUAGGUGCCGUGAGAGCCAUACAAAAGGAGCUAUGAGAAAGCUGAAUCGGAUACUAGUUACAAGGCAGUAGAACAGAGCUACAGUGCAUUUUUUCCAACAAUUACAGAAGUGUGACUCUCAGUGUUUCAAAAUGACCAUGCUGAGGAGUUUAAAACUUGAAAACCCUUUGCAAGUUUGUGAAACCAAGGAUCUCACCUGUCAGGGUGAAGUUUAUUAGGUAUUUUAGUCUGACUUACAUUCCAGGUCUGUGCCACUUAAUCAGCAUUUUUCUUCUGAUUUGUGAUUUCCACAGUUUCUAAAGAUGCAUUAUUAAUGCAAGAAUCUCUUCAUAGGUAAGCUUAGUAGGUUUCUGUUUAUAUAGCCCUGUAUUCACAUCCCUUGAGACUCUGCAGGGCUAAGGAGCAGUAAAGAGGGAAAUACACAGAACUCCAGAGCUCUUCAGGGCAAGUAAUGUAAGGGGUCACUGGGAUUUAAAUAGACAUCAAGCGUUCCACAGUGCAGAAGCAGCAGUCUUGCAGAUAUGCUUGCUAUAGCCGAGGGAGAUAUAAGUCACCACAGAUUCCCUUAGCUUCUACAAUGCAGAAAGUGUGGCAAACUAAGUUUCUAGGCUCUGUUGUCCCAGUUCUUGUAUUUUAAAGAAACCUGCCCAAAACUUAGCAACUUUGAUGGCAGUUCAGGAGAGAAAAAUAUGAAAGUAUAGAAAUGAACAACUAGAUAACUAUUCAAGCCUAUAAAAGGGGAAAGGAUAGAUAGGUGGCUGAGGCAUGGGAGUAAGCCUUAGAUCUGGUUCUUUGUGCUUCUGUUCACCAUCUGUAAAAUGGCUGUAGUAAAUCCCUAUGUUUGAGGUGCUGAGAAUAAGUUUAUUCAUGACUGAGGUGGUUAGACAGAAAGGUGCCAAGGCCAUAAGGUUACCUACAGAAAAAUGUAUGUAUAGUAGACCAUAAGUUACAAACUGACUGGUCAACUACACACCUCAUUUGGAACCGCAAGUACGCAAUCAGGCAGUAGCAGAGAUGGGGAAAAAAGUACAGUGCUGUGUUAAAACUUUCCCUUUUUAUUUUAGUGGGGUUUUUUUGUUUGUUUUUUAUUAAAGAUUUGAGGUAAGAAAACUUGUGCUCUUCAUUUAAGUUAAAAUUAGCAUUUUUCUUUUGCAUAAUGCAGUUUCAAAGUUAUAUUAAAUCAAAGUUCAGUUGUAAACUUUUGAAAGAACUACUAUGUUUUGUUCAGAUUUAUGAACAACCUCUAGUCCCAAGAUGUUCGUAACUGAGAUUCUACUGUAUAACCAUAAAGUAGUUUCAGUAAUAGAACAUGUGCUGAUAACAGGGAAAGAGGACCUGAGUUUUUCCUUUUCCCCCACCCUUGUUCCCUUGGGGGGUGGAGCAGCUGACAAAUUUCCAGCAGGUUUAAACAUUUAUGUAGCAAUUCACAUAUCCUGGGUAUCAUUAACUGUGCUGGCACUUUAAGCAGCUAGCAGACAUCGAGCCCACUCUAAGUCUUCCUGGAUACUCAUUUCUAUAUCACACCAAUCUGGUAAUAGAUUCACCAUAGUUUGUCAGCCUUUUGCUGUAACGCUCAAUUAAGUCUCACUUCUGAAUUUAUACUUGUAACCAGUGUGACAAGAUAUGGCACUCAACACCUUCUAUCUGUGCCUGGCCCCAGUAGGGAGUUUAAAAAAACAACAACCACCCUCUCCAACUAGCAACCGAACCCUACCUCACAGGACCAUCCAGUCUACUAGAGAUGGCUAUUGCUAAUCAGUUUUACAUGGAAGGUGAUCAAGUGCUAUAGUGAGGGGCAGAAGUAUAAAACAUUAAGGGUACAUCUACACUUAACACUACAGCUGCACUGCUGUAACACCUAUGCUGACAGGAGGGAUUCUCCUAUUGGUGUAGAUAAUCCACCUCCCCAAGAGGCCAUAGCUACAUCAGUGGAAGAAUUCUUCUGUCAACCUAGUGCUACACCAGCUUAACUACACCACUCAGGGGCUUUUUCACACCUUUAAGUGAUAUAGUUAUGCCAAUCUAAUUUUCUAGUGUAGACCAGGCCUAAGAUAUGCUCUCUCUCAUCUGAUGACUCUUAACCCAUUCAAAAGUCAUUAAAUAUCUCCAGCUGGAGAUGAAUCACUUAUUUAGGUAUGGAAUUAGACCCUUUAUUAUCACAUAUAACGGUGUGGGGUAGUGUUGACUGGAAGUAAUAGUGCCAAUCUGUUGCUUUCAUUCAGAAUAUUUCUCCCACUUGACAUCUUGCUCUGAGUUUACUGACAGCCCCGUUUUUACAUAUCUAAGCAGCCUGACAUUUUUAAAAUACCUUGCAUGAAUAAGGUCUUCAUAGCAUGGGAUCCUAAAGACUUAACUUAUAAUUAAUUAUAAAGACAAAGGCAUUAAGGGGUGAAGUGUUCUCUGCAUAACUUGAUACAUUUAAAAAACCUCCUCUUAGGUUCAGCACAGUUGCAUAUGUUUCAUAGUUUAGGAAACUACAACAAAACUAAAGUUGAUAAGUAGUAAAUCUAGAUCAAGUGAAAGUCUUUAAGCUUGGAAUACAGAAGAGUAUUGUAACUUGUAUUUCUCUCCAUAAAUAUUGUAAUAGCAAAAGCUACAGCAUUUCACUGUUGUACCCCAAUAAACUAAUUUUUAAAAAAUUA